CUGGCCUAAUAAGCGGGGUGGCAUGAGUUGGCUUGGAAGAAUCAACGAGGGCGACCCCUCAAGUCACUCGAGCUGCCGAAGCAACCCAAAGCCUCCGCCUCACUCUUCCAAGCAAGCCAUGCAGUUAGGCUAGCUAAGUAGGCAAGCUCUAGCGGCUGCCCAUUCCUGCGUCCAUGCCCUCCCCCUCUCAUCCUCCUCGUCGUCGUCCCGCCACCACCGAUGUCUUGCGCGGCGGCGGAGGCCGGGCUGGUGGCCAUGGACUGCGUGGUGGUGUGCUGCUGCUGCCCGUGCCUGGUGCUGCAGAUCACCGUGUUCCUCUUCGUCCGGCUGCCCCGGAAGGUGGUGGUCAAGUCCAAGAGGGUCUUUCUGCGGCGAUGGCACAGGAGGAGGAGGAGGAGAUCGGCAUCCGCCGCCGCGAAGAGGCUCUCCAGAAGCGGCAGCACGGCCUCGUCCUCCGGCAUGAGGCGGCUCGAGGAGCUGCUGGACGGCGAUUUCAGAGCCACCUUCAGGGAUAUCAACGGAGGGGAGUGCAGCGGCAGCGACGGCGACGUCCGCGGUAGCUGGAAGGAGAAAUGCUUCGCCAUGGACGACUACGAUGGCGGUGUCGGCUGGAAGCAGAGGUGCUUCGCCGUCGACAGCUGCGACGACGACGGCGUGUGGGAGGCGCUGGUGGGGCAGGAGGGGCUCUUCUGGUUCGGGAGCUUCUGGGGCCGGACGGAGCAGGGCGACCCCGUGUCUUCCGAGGAUCAGAUGUACGCAAGCUUGAGCCUGCCGGUAGUUCUAGAGAGAGUGCGGGAUUAGGCACCGAUGAUGAUGCAGUUUGAUGCAAGCGGCUUGCAUUGCAGCUUCUAAAUGAGGUUUCUACUUUUCCAUCCGGCCAAGGAUUUUAUCCAGAGUAGCAGCUAUUACAUCAUUUGGUCAGUGCACUGACCCCCUACUGUACAUAUGUUAUCAUCAUGGUACGCCUAUUAUCAAUCAAAGGAACAAUGCCUGAACAAUAAACAGCGGGUUUCAGUUUAAUCACUGCAGAGAGACAGAUAGAGACCGGAAGAGCAGUCUAGAAAUAGUUCGAGUUAAGAACGCUGAUCCUUCUCCGGACCUGAUCCUCGGAGGAAACGGUUAUGUAACCACGCCUUUUGGGGCGGCAAAGCUGUGUAACCACCUCGUGUUGCUUUGUUCAGUAUACCUGGUUUGGACGUAUAUACUUUGCCCA